UCACCUUCAAGAAAUAUGAGUGAAAGUAAUGGAAACAAGGGGCUUUAUUGUAAUAGUCCUCAGGGACUUCUGGACAGUUGGAAACAACAAGUAGAAGAAAAAAUAAGGGAACAAUUCCCAAAGGAGAAGAACUCAGCGGAUGAUGUUCCACCUGUCUGGUGUUGCUUAUCUAGCAUAUUUGACAGAAGCAGAGAUGAGCAUGGGCCCUGCCAUCUUAUAUAUUAUACAGUAGGAAGCAUAAUAUAUCCUAAAUUAAAGGAAAAAGUUUCAUUCGAUAAAAUUAUGAAGGAAGUACACGAUAUAUUGGGGAAGGCUUUAAGUAAUCAGAAGUGUAAAGGAGUGCCUGGUGGCACUGUGGAAAAGUUAUUUGAAUUAAUGAAAAAUCGGUUUCCCUAUACCUUUACCCCCGGAGAAAUAUGGAAGACAAGUGGGAAUUCUAAGGAAGUCCAUUGUGAAGGAUGUACUAAUUACUUAAGGAAGCUUGCCGAAGCAUGUAAGAAGGUAGAAAAAUAUUGUGAUAAUCUGAUGAAUAGUGGGGAGUGUAAUGGAAUUGCAAGAGGGCAGGAUCAAGGCAGCCCUGAGUAUUUAUUGCAAUUGAUAGAAAGCUUAGUUCUGGAACCACAGUCCGCAGAAAUUACAAAGAAUGAGCAACAAAUACUGAAGGAAGCUGAUUUAAGGAAAUUACCUUCAAGUAAAGAAUUCUAUAAUAAAUUCAUGGAACGAACCGAUUAUUGUAAUGAUAGGACUUCUGCCUUAGGAGUAAAAAGUGAACUGAAGAAUAAUGAGAACAUAGAGAACUCCGUUGAAUAUAUUGUAGAACCCUUAUGUUACAUAGCUAAAAUGGAGUACACCCAUCCAUUAUAUACGGAGCGCUGUAACUUCCUAUAUUUCUGGAUAGGAAGUUUAUUACCUGACAAUUUUCAGGGCAGUUUAUUCUUAAAUCUUAUAAAUAAUAUUUACAUCGCAUUACAAGGGCUGAAUGUCACAGAUCGGUGUGGACUUAUGUACGACAAUAAUAUUAGCAGAAGUCUCUUUAAGCAAAGGAGGAAAAUACAUGAUUUUACCCAUGACUACGAAGCAAUACGAGCCCAGUUACAGAGAAGCGGACGCCGCUGUGAUGAAACAUAUAAAAAGCAUCUAGAAGAUAUUAAAUCAGCUUAUAAGGCGGUACAUGAAGAUUGCAAGGAUAAGCCUAAUGAUGAGUACUGUGUGAAAUUUACAAGUAAAUAUGGAGAGUACAGUAAACAAAGGGAGCUGAAAUUUGAGUCUAAGUCGGAAUGCAUAUCACCUUCCACAUCAGGUAUAAGGGGCGAGAGUUGCUCUUUAGGAAAAGAAACUCCAAAAGGAACUCAAAUAUACAAAGAUGUCCUCCUGGAAUUUACUCCCAUAUCGACAGCACACCAAGGAUCUUAUACUAAUACAUCCACCAUGGAAGAAAAUAUCAUAACUACUACGAUAUCAUCGCUACUUGGGUAUACGCCUCUAUCUUCUUGGGUAAGGAACUCUUCCAGGAGCAGAAAAAAAAGAACAAUCAAUUACGAGUUCGACACACUAACAACAGAAGACCACGACACAUUAACAGAAUACUCCCAAGACAAUUCUUCAACCAUAGGUUUUACGGAAGAUAAUUCUACUAUAUAUAGUGAACCUUCGGCACGACCACAUCCAAUAGGAAGACAAUCACCAUCUUCCACCAGACGUGGAAGAGCAAAUAAUAAUAAAAACCAACAAAGAAGGAAGAAUAUUAGUUAUCAAAACAUGUAA